GUAGCCCAUCCUGCUGCAGAGUAUAGAGCCACACACUGAACCAACAGUCAAAACGAAAAUACACAACUCUGAAGGACAACCUGGAUAUUUCUAUUUAUUAUAAAUGCCCUAUUAGAGAAGACCAGGACGACUGUUACCUACUUCAUAUAUCUAAUGACUUUAAUGGGCUGCUGCACAGGGAAUAAGACAGAGCUGCGUGGAUGACUUCUGUAGGUAUCAUACAAGCUGUGCCUCCCUCUUAUCCAUUUGCAUAUUUACCAAAAAGACCCUCACCUGGCUCAAGCCUCUAUAAAUUAGCCCAUUCUGCACACUGGAUCAAUACUUCAGUCAUUUUAUUGUAAGGGUGUAGUCAGCCUUUUAUGAGGUUAAAGCGUCACGAAUAAACAGAAUGACAGCACCUAGGAAUUCGGUUUGCGCACCUGGACUCUUCAGCCAAAGGAACGUGUUGCAUUGUCAGUCACUCAGCUGAAAUCAAAACAAAAAUGGAAAAAAACCAGCUACGUUUGAUGAUCAUGGUUUAAAAGCAACAGCUAUCAAUAGUAUAAUUGCCUAUUUGCACACGUUAAAUAUGGCACAGCUGCAACUUGUACAUUUUUCUGAGAACAACUCUGAAGAUUUCUUAACACAAAAUAUUGAUGUGACUAACUGUUAUUUGCACUACGGGAUUUUUCACCAUAUGCGACUUUAGUACAGCAGAUCCAUUUGGAUAACUUUAUUUUUCCACAUAUGUUAUUUUUUUCUCUAUUAUUUUGUUAACCGUUAUUUAAGCAUUGUUGCAUAAAUGGAUAGACACAUGCCUGUAAAACACUGUGAUAAUUUGCCUUUUUCCUACUGGACAUUGCUGUGCUCAUGGAAAAUUUUACUGGCAAUAAUAACCCAUGACUCCAGCUUUGUUACCAGUAGAUUUGGAUUAAAAUUGACUGAAAUUGUAAAAGAAAAGGAACAUUUUGGAAGUUAAUGUUGCGAGUCCUGCAAAAAUGAUGCACGUCAAUAAUUUUCCUUUUAGGAGACAUUCGUGGAUAUGUUUUGAUGUGGAUAAUGGCACAUCAUCAGGACGAAGUCCCUUGGAUCCCAUGACAAGCCCAGGAUCAGGGUUAAUAUUACAGGCCAACUUUGUCCACAGCCAGCGAAGGGAAUCCUUCCUGUACAGGUCAGACAGCGACUAUGACCUCUCUCCAAAGUCCAUGUCCCGAAACUCCUCCAUUGCAAGUGACAUACAUGGAGAUGACUUGAUUGUAACACCAUUUGCUCAGGUACUGGCCAGUCUGCGUACUGUAAGGAAUAAUUUUGCUGCAAUAACUAACUUGCAAGAUCGACCACCAAGCAAAAGGUCAACCAUGUGCAACCAACCAUCCAUCAACAAAGCAAAUAUACCAGAGGAGGCCUAUCAAAAGCUGGCCAGCGAGACCCUGGAGGAGCUGGACUGGUGCUUGGACCAGCUGGAGACCUUACAGACCAGGCACUCUGUCAGCGAAAUGGCUUCUAAUAAGUUCAAAAGAAUGCUAAACCGGGAACUCACCCACCUGUCUGAAAUGAGUCGAUCUGGCAAUCAGGUUUCAGAAUAUAUCUCGAACACAUUUUUAGAUAAACAACAUGAAGUGGAGAUGCCUACUCAGGCCCAGAAAGAAAAGGAGAAAAAGAAAAGACCAAUGUCACAGAUCAGUGGGGUGAAAAAACUAAUGCACAGCUCUAGCUUAACAAAUUCAAGUAUCCCCAGGUUUGGAGUCAAAAGUGAAAAUGAAGAGUUUUUAGCAAAGGAACUUGAAGAAGUGAACAAAUGGGGCCUUAAUGUUUUUAAAGUAGCAGAGUUUUCUGGAAAUCGACCUCUCACGGUGGUCAUACACACCAUAUUUCAGGAACGAGAUUUGUUGAAAACGUUUAAAAUUCCAGCAGACACUUUAGUUACAUAUUUAAUGACUUUAGAAGAUCAUUACCAUGCUGAUGUGGCUUAUCAUAAUAACAUACAUGCAGCAGAUGUUGCACAGUCUACCCACGUGCUGCUAUCGACUCCCGCUUUGGAGGCAGUCUUCACAGAUCUGGAAAUUCUUGCUGCAAUUUUUGCCAGUGCAAUACAUGAUGUGGAUCAUCCUGGUGUUUCUAACCAGUUUCUCAUCAACACAAACUCCGAAUUAGCCUUGAUGUACAAUGACUCAUCUGUCUUGGAAAACCAUCAUUUAGCCGUAGGGUUUAAACUGCUGCAAGAGGAGAAUUGUGAUAUUUUCCAGAACCUGACCAAAAAGCAAAGACAAUCACUAAGGAAAAUGGUCAUUGACAUUGUACUAGCAACCGAUAUGUCUAAACAUAUGAAUUUAUUAGCUGAUUUGAAAACAAUGGUGGAAACAAAAAAAGUGACAAGCUCGGGGGUCCUCUUACUUGACAACUACUCCGACAGAAUCCAGGUUCUACAGAACAUGGUACAUUGUGCAGAUUUAAGCAAUCCAACAAAACCUCUGCAGCUUUACCGGCACUGGACAGAUAGAAUAAUGGAAGAGUUCUUUAGGCAAGGAGACCGAGAAAGGGAACGGGGAAUGGAAAUAAGUCCGAUGUGUGACAAGCACAAUGCAUCUGUUGAAAAAUCCCAGGUGGGUUUUAUAGACUAUAUUGUUCAUCCCUUGUGGGAGACAUGGGCCGAUUUAGUUCACCCUGACGCCCAAGAUAUAUUGGACACAUUGGAGGACAAUCGUGAAUGGUACCAGAGCACAAUUCCUCAGAGUCCCUCCCCUGCACCUGACGAGCAGGAAGAAGGUAGACAAGGCCAAACUGAAAAGUUCCAGUUUGAAUUAACACUGGAAGAGGAUGGUGAGUCAGACACAGAAAAGGACAGUGGAAGUCAAGUAGAAGAAGACAACAGUUGCAGUGACUCUAAAACUCUUUGUACCCAGGACUCAGAAUCUACAGAAAUUCCUCUUGAUGAGCAGGUGGAUGAAGAGGAAUGCCAGAUAGAUCAUAGUUCAAUAGAAGAAGAACAUUCUCCUGACACGUAACAGUGUGAAACCUUUCUCUCCCUUUUCCUUAAUAUUUUUAUUUUAUUUUAUUUAGAAAAAUGGUUUCCAAAGUGCAUGAAACAUGCCACAACCAUGGUCACACCUCAGUAUCAUCUGCCAGGAUGUUUGUUGAUCAAAACUGACAUAUUCUACUCAGUUUGGCUCUCAGGAAUAUUUCCAGAAAUCUGUUUCCAUGGCAAUUGGAAAGCAAGAAGGAAAACAUUGAUGAACAACUAAAUUAGUUAUCACUUUGAUCACAGGCUGCUCCAAAAAGUUUACCAUGGAGCAUCAGUUACAAGGAAAAAAUGAUAUCAAGAAGUGAAACGCGUUUACACAAGACGAAAGGCAUCAUCAAGAAGUAAGACAUGAAGUGUGAUCCUUUUGUAAUGGAAAAUGAAGGCAUUAACUGAUGGGACACAUCAUGGAUAGUAUAGCAUCAAGAUGCUAGUGAGCUGUGGAAAUUACACAAUUUUCAAAUUUUAAGUCUUCCUGAUAAAACGACUGAAAAAAUAAAAAAACACGAACAUGCAGCAGCUCUCGGGGCUCUACUGUCCUCCACAUUUUGUAUCAUAUGUAAAACAGAGAUUUUUUUUGUAGAGCUUACUUUUAUUAUUAAAUAUAUUGAGGUAUUCUAUUUAAAGAAAAGUACAUUUGGAAAUUCAUCCGCCACUGAUUAUUUUUUUUCCAAAGAGUAACUUGCAAGUUUUCAGUACGAUUAUGUGCUACACUGGAUGACUCCUUCUAGUUGAGGAUUUUUUUGCACCUUAGAAUUUCAUAGCAAUUAAUUGAACUGUAGAGCUCCAUUCUUUUAUACGCUUGUAACUUUCUUAAAAAGACACUGUCUCGCAGGAAACCCUUUCAGUACAACUUAGUUUUUAUUCCUAUUUUAAUGUUUUGAUCAGCACAGAAGGAAAGCAUUGGGCACUUUCCUGUACACUAUGGAAGGUCUACCCUCAUCUUGUACAGUUUACAUCACAUCUAGUUUCAUAGCAAUUAUGGUAAAUAGGGAUAACAUUAUUUAAUUAAAUAUGUGUAUUAUUUGCCCAGAUAUUACAUGUAUACAUCUGUUUUAAAUGUAAUAACUCAAAGAUCUCACUUUUAUGCUAAGGCCAAUGUCAGUUUUUUUUAACAGUCUACUUUGUUAUGUUAACCUGCUGGCAUUUGUUCAGUAUUGAUAAGAAAAUGUGUUCCUCUUUAAUAUUGCUGUAUACAAUAGGUGUAAAAUUGAAGUAUACAGCUAUAUGAGGCAUAUUAGUCACUUGUUCCUUGUUCACUAGGUCAGAAAAUUUGUGUUUCUUUAUUAUUUUAUUUGUUUUCCACUUCUCAUAUAUAUAUAUA